AAUCUGGCUUAGCGGAAGUAAAAACGAAAACAUCGCUCAUUGAAAAGCGACCAUGGCAGCCACCAAAGACUCUAAAGAACAAAAAUAUGAUAGACAGCUCAGACUGUGGGGGGAUCACGGCCAAGAAGCCCUGGAAAAUGCACACGUAUGUCUCAUCAACGCCACAGCGACUGGAACAGAGAUCCUGAAGAACCUGGUACUUCCAGGGAUUGGAGCGUUCACCAUAGUUGACGGCCACACAGUCUCUGGGGAAGAUGCAGGAAACAACUUUUUUCUUAGUGUUGACAGUAUUGGAAAAAAUAGAGCACAGGCUGCCACUGAACUACUACAAGAAUUGAACAGCGACGUGUCAGGAAACUUUGUAGAGGAGAGUCCAGACAAGCUUCUGGACAAUGAUCCAGAGUUUUUCCACAGGUUUACAAUAGUUAUUGGUGUCCAGUUGCCAGAAAGCACGUGUCUGAGGCUCGGCUCCGUUUUAUGGAGCGCCUCUGUACCUUUUCUAGUCUGCAAAACGUAUGGCCUCAUAGGCUACAUGAGACUGGUGGUGCAGGAGCACUCAGUGAUUGAAUCUCAUCCAGACAAUGCGUUGGAGGAUCUAAGGUUAGAUCAACCUUUUGAUGACUUUAAAAACCACAUAAAGUCAUAUGAUCUUGCCAGCAUGGAAAAGAAGGAUCACAGCCACACACCUUGGAUUAUCAUUGUUGCUAAAUUUCUGGAGAAAUGGUUCAGCGAGCACAACAAUCAGCCACCAAAAAAUUACAAGGAGAAAGAGGCCUUCAGACGAAUGAUUCGAGAGGGAAUCAGAAAAAAUGAGAAUGGUGUCCCGGAGGAUGAGGAAAACUUUGACGAAGCUAUUAAGAACGUCAAUACUGCUUUAAAUCCAACCAAGAUUCCCAGCUCUAUUGAAGACCUUUUCAAUAGUGAACAGUGCAACAACAUCACAGCACAAUCGCCAGCCUUCUGGGUGAUGCUGCGAGCUGUGAAGGAGUUUGCUCGCAGCGAAAGCAACGGAAGCCUUCCGGUGCGCGGAACCAUCCCCGACAUGAUCGCAGACUCUCAGAAGUUCAUCAAUCUUCAAAACGUUUACAGGGAAAAGGCCAUGCAGGAUGCAGCAGCUGUUUCUAAACAUGUGGAAUGUCUACUACAGUCUGUUGGAAAGCCACCAGAAAGCAUCUCUGAGAAGGACAUCAAGCUGUUCUGUAAGAAUGCCUCCUUCCUGCGAGUCGUGCGUUGUCGGUCUUUGGAUGAAGAAUAUAACGUGGAGUCGAUAAACAAAGAUGAAAUUACUUCUUGUAUGGACAGUCCAGACAGUGAGAUGGUCUUCUACCUCAUGCUCCGGUCCGUUGAUCGGUUCUAUCAGCAGCACUCCCGCUACCCAGGAGUGUCUAACUACCAGGUGGAGGAAGACAUCAGCAAACUGAAGCUGUGUGUGAACAGCCUGCUGCAGGAGUACAGCCUCAACGUCAACAUCAAAGAUGACUACAUCCAUGAGUUCUGUCGUUACGGUGCAGCGGAGCCGCACACAGUUUCUGCAUUCCUGGGAGGAUCCGCUGCUCAAGAGGCCAUUAAGAUCCUCAGCCACCAGUUUGUGCCCUUCAACAACACCUUCAUUUAUAACGCCAUGUCUCAGACCUCUGCAACGUUUCAGCUGUGAAACGUUGAAAGGAAGGAGCUGAUGUUAAAGUGAUGAAAGGGGGAAAAAGACGGCAAAUAAAUCAAACACGUGUUGGAGAUUCUUUGUCCUCCUUCUCUUCUGCAGAUGUUCUGAAACG